AGCACUAAGAGCGCAACACUUCAACAAAGCUCCGAUUGUGGCCGUACUAGAGUGGCUAAGUACAAGUCGUAGACCUCAGUGCACAUGCUUGAAAGGGAAAGUGGUAGCUUAACAGAGAGCUUCGAAUUGCUGCCGAGGUUUGACCGCAAAAACAUCCAGCAACUUCGCAGUCAAGAAUUUAAACUUGAACAAUGUUGGAAUACAGCUGGUAUGGGCAGCUCCAGACACACCUGGAAAACCCAACAAAGUACCAUAUCCACCAGGCACAGAGACAGCAAAUGAAACAAUUUCUAACACUGGGCAGCAAGCUUUCCAGUCAGAAUUUCUCCAUCUCCCAUUCGCACCCAGCCCAGCCUGUUGGGACAACUCAUAUUAUGAGAAAUGGCCACAUUCCUCCUGGUAAUGAAAGCAAUACACCUGACAGCCCGAUAACUCUACUGAGUCUGGGGGCAAACCAUGAAAAUGAGAUGGACGAAGUGAUUGAUGAUAUAAUCAGCUUGGAAUCCAGCUGUUUCAAUGAUGAUAACCUCAGCUGCAUGGAGCCGUCACAUCUCAUACCCAACACAAUGCCAAUGUCUAGUAGCAUUCUAGACGUUUAUGGUGGUGACCAAGGGAUGACUGCAAACAACAUUGGACUCACUGGCAAUUCCUGCUCUCCCAACCAUUCAGUGAAAAGGGAAAUAACAGGUGCACACUCUGGAAAUGUGGAAUCACGUGCACUUGUUAAAGAGAGACAAAAGAAAGAUAAUCACAACUUAAUUGAACGAAGAAGAAGAUUCAACAUCAAUUAUCGUAUCAAAGAGCUGGGGACCCUGAUUCCAAAAUCAAAUGACCCACUACUAAAAGAUGACCUUUUACUCUGCAGUGACAUGCGCUGGAACAAAGGUACGAUUCUGAAAGCCUCUGUAGAGUACAUCAAGUGGUUGCAGAAAGAACAGCAUCGUGUCAGAGAACUAGAAAACCGGCAAAAAAAGCUGGAGCAGGCUAAUAGGAGACUGGUGCUGCGAAUUCAGGAAUUGGAAAUGCAGGCACGUGCUCAUGGGCUGCCCACCAUGACACCGGGUCUCAGCACAGCCGAACUGGCCAUGCACCUUAUCAAACACGAGUCGUACAGGGAGGAGAGCAGCCCCGACUUCCUGCAGCAGACCACCCUGCCCCAGAUGUUGAGCGACUUGAGUGAGGGAUCCUCCAGCUUCUCGGACCCUCUGUCUCACUUCACAGACUUGUCCUUCAGCGCAGCUUUGAAGCCGGAGCAGAGACUGGACGACCUUCUGAUGGAUGACACGCUCUCCCCACUGGGUGUUGACCCCUUGCUGAGUGCGCAAUCACCCAACGCGUCCAAAGGUGGCAGCAGCAGGAGAAGCAGCUUCAGCACAGACGAUGAUGAUCUAUAAAUAAUAUUUCCCCCACGACCUGCCCCAUCGAUGACGCGAGAGACAGGCCAUCGCUAGACUUCUCCAGAAUGACUGAAUGAUUUAAAUGCCUUGAGUCGACCGCUAAAUGGUUAAGUGCGGAGACCUUGUGGGGUGCUUGUACGUCAGUCAUGCUGUCAAAUGCAAAUUCAGAUGGAAGGUCAGAAUUCCCUCCACGUGC